GCAACAUCGAACGCAGCUUCCCUUAUCCGACACACCAAAAUAUUUAAAUAACACGGCAUACAACGAAGAUCUUCGCAGAAUCUCCGAAGAACCGCAUGGAUGGUCACUUGGUUCAUGUAAUUGCAGAAUCGGCAAGGAGCAUCUCCGAUAACGGCUCGACUUGGUCGGCAUGACGAAAUCUCUGGGCACGAUGGGCAUGCAGGACGAGCACGCGACCACGUUCGGUCGUAAGCGCACUUGCGCCGUAACGCGAUGCGGUGGCCUGGCGCUGGCCGUGUCCUUUCUGGCCGCGGUACUGGCCACGGGACUGCUGGUCUAUCACUUUUCGCCGUGCGGACGAGGAUUCGCCGCCUCCUCGGGCCGCCCCAUCGGCGAUGACGGAGACGACGGGGGUCGAAGCGGUCGCAGUUUCGGCGGUUCCUCGUCGAGCAAGAAAAAGCUCGACGUCAGGUUGCCGAGAUCGAUCCUGCCGCAGAGCUACGAAUUGAAACUCAUUCCCUACAUCUGGCCGGGAAAUUUCACUUUCGACGGAGAGGUGAAAAUCGUGGUAAACGUGACCGAGGACACGUACAAGGUGACGCUGCACGCGGUCGACAUGAGAAUCGACGAGUCUUUCACGAGCAUCAAAGAGUAUCCGCUCGUCGAAGGUGACACCAACAAACAAAUCAAAGUCAGCCGACAGCUCAACGAUUCCGCGAGGCAAUUUCACGUGAUCGAAGCUCGACAGCAGCUCAAAGCUGGAAAGCAAUACUUGCUGCAUCUCAAGUACGUCGGCAAUCUCAACGACUAUCUGCAGGGCUUCUACAGGAGCUCCUACGUCGAGAAUAAUCAGACAAGAUGGAUCGCGACGACGCAAUUCCAGCCGACCGAUGCACGUCGAGCUUUUCCCUGCUUCGACGAACCGGCCCUCAAGGCUACCUUCCAAAUCAGUAUCGCCCGACCUAAAAAUAUGACUGCCAUUUCGAAUAUGCCAAAAGAAAAACAGACUGAUCAAGUGGAUGGUCUGCCAGAGUACGUGUGGGAUCACUUCGAGCGAUCGGUACCAAUGUCAACGUACCUCGUGGCUUUCAUAGUUUCGGAUUUCCAAGUAUCGAAGUCGCAGUCCCCUGGUGGCACAAAUGUCAGCGUCUGGGCGCGCAAAGAAGCCAUUCAACAGGCGGAUUACAGCCUGAAAAUCGGACCGCAGAUCCUCAACUACUUCGAAGACUACUUCAAAAUUAAAUUCCCGCUGCCGAAAAUCGACAUGGUUGCGUUGCCGGACUUUGCUGCAGGUGCUAUGGAAAAUUGGGGAUUGAUCACUUACAGAGAAACUGCGAUGCUUUAUCAGAACGGCGUGUCAACCAGAGCCAAUCGUCAGCGCCUGGCGAACGUCGUUUCGCAUGAGCUUGCGCACCAGUGGUUUGGCAAUUUAGUCACGCCCACCUGGUGGACUGAUUUAUGGCUCAACGAAGGCUUCGCUAGCUACGCCGAGAACAUCGGCGUCAACGCGGUCGAGCCAAGUUGGAAAGUCAUCGAGCAGUUCGUAGUGCACGAGCUGCAGAACGUCUUCGGUCUCGACGCCCUCGAGUCGUCGCAUCCAAUAUCGAUCGAGGUCGGCCAUCCGGACGAAAUCAAUGAGAUAUUCGACAGGAUCUCGUACGCCAAAGGUGCCUCGAUAAUUCGCAUGAUGGAUCACUUCCUCACUACGGAGGUGUUCAAGCGUGGAUUGACCAACUACCUCAACGGAAAAGCUUACCAAAGCGCCGAGCAGGACGACUUGUGGAACGCGUUGACGAAACAAGCUCACGAGGACAAGGUGCUAGGUCAAGAUGUGACUAUCAAGCAAAUCAUGGAUACUUGGACCUUGCAGACCGGAUUCCCCGUCGUCACGGUCACGCGCGACUAUGCCAACGAUGCAGCGGCCAUUACUCAGGAACGUUUUAUGCUUCGUAAUUUCACGAGAGGAGAAUCAGAGCCUGUCUGGUGGAUUCCGCUGACUUAUACAACGGCUAAAAAGAUGAAUUUCAACGACACCAAGCCCGCUACUUGGAUGAAGGCCGAAAAGGCCAUCAGCUUGAAGAAAAUCGGGGCCGCGGCCAACGACUGGAUCCUCUUUAAUAUUCUCGAAACCGGCUACUACCGGGUGAAUUACGAUCAUAACAAUUGGCAGAUGCUGAUCAAGCAACUCAAAGGUCCAGAUUACGAGGCUAUUUCAACGACGAAUCGUGCACAACUCAUUGAUGACGCACUGAAUUUAGCCAGAGCCGGACGACUCGACUACGCCACAGCUCUCGACAUCACGUCUUACUUAUCGAAGGAGACCGAGUAUCUGCCUUGGAAGUCGGCCCUCGUGGCUCUCAACUUCCUCGACUCGAUGCUCAUCAAGUAUCAAGGCUACGACAUGUUUAGACUAUUUGCUCUGAAACUCCUCGACAACGUGUACAAUAAAGUCGGCUUCAAGGACAACGCCGACGAUCCACAGCUGACGGUCUUCACUCGCAUCGACGUGCUCAACUGGGCGUGCUAUCUCGGCCACGAGGACUGCAUACGCAACGCCGUGUCGCAGUUCGCCGCCUGGCGCGAGACGAGCGAUCCCAAUCGAGAGAAUCCCAUCUCGCCGAACCUGAAGAGCGUCGUCUACUGCACGGCGGUGCGCAUGGGAGGAGAGUCCGAGUGGAACUUCAUCUGGAAGCGAUUCAAGGAGAGCAACGUUGGCACCGAGAAGGACAUACUGCUCAACGCGCUCGGCUGCACGAGAGAGACUUGGCUGCUCAGCAGAUACCUCGACUGGGCAAUGUCCAACAGUACGGGCAUCAGGAAGCAAGACGUCACCAGAGUUUUCACCUCAGUUUCUAAUAAUAUCAUCGGUCAGCCGCUAGCUUUUAACUAUUUUAGGAAUAAGUGGGAUCAACUCAAGUAUUACUUCGGAAAUUCUUUACUGACGCUCAAUAACAUUGUCAAAUCUUCAACUAAGCGCAUCAGUACAAAAUAUGAAUUGAAAGAUUUGCUUGACUUUGCCAAUGAGCACAAAGAAGAUUUAAGAAGCGCCACACGAGCUGUCGAACAGGCCAUCGAAAACGGUGAAGUUAAUAUUCGUUGGCUCGAGAGAAAUCAUGCAAAUAUUCAAGAGUGGUUGAAAAAUAACGCGCACUAAAUGAAAUAAGUUCAAUGUAAUGUUGCCAAAUUAAAACUUCAUCACUGCUAAAAAAUUUGUCAUUGAAUCUUCGAUUGGUAACAGCAGAAAUUCACGAUAUCAACUACAUUCGAGUACUAACGUAAUCGUAAGUUUUUAGAUCUAAUCGAGGAUUUGUGAUGAGAACAUUGUUUUAAAUGUUGUCCUUUACGGCGUGAGUGAGAAUGUUUUUUGGAGAAUAAAAAAAAUUGAAAAUUCAAUGUUUGAAUAUUUUGCAUAAAACAAACGUCGAAUGAAACUUUUGAUGUGAUUUUUAUAGAAGGAUAAAUGUUAUUAUUAUUUUAACUUGUUGUACAUGAAAUAUUAUAAAUAUUUGAAAACUGCAUCUACAAUUUCCAACAAUCAACUAUUAUUGUUGACAUUGGUUUUUUUUACUUACUUCCUACAUUUUUUAAUUCAUUUGUAAUAUUAUAAGUGCCUUUUUCUAAAAACAAAAAUUGCGUACUGUAAACUGAAGUCGAAAUCAAACGAGUAUUAUUUUAUAAAUUAUUAAAGUGUCAUUGGUGGAAACAUUAUUGUUCGUCCAUACUAUUCGAUUUCGUAUUUUUACCAAUAUUAAACGUGCUAAUAAUCCGUAUGAUUGUUUUGGUGCUUUAUAUGUAUUAUAUUUACAAAUGAUAAGAAGUAUUAUAUAAUGGAUUUAUAAUAUGCCCUAAAUAUGAGUCUUCGUACUUAGGCAGUAAUACAAAAUUUUCCGUAUUCGCUGAUGUUAGCUGAUCAUAAAAAAAUAAUUAAAAAACUUUAUGGAGAGUAAAAUAAUAAUUGUUUUCGUGAUUUAACGCCAAUAAAAAUGUGAUCAAUACAUUUGAAGCUUA